AGCCCGCUGUCCUAAUUGAGGCUGAUGAGAGCUGGGAAGGUGAGAGGAGGCGCAGACAAUGGAAAAGAAGAGCAAAAGGGAGAGGGACAAGAGUAGAGCGUGCAGUCUUGGUCCAGGAGACACAGAGCAGAGAGAAGGAGAGAAUUUAGAGGGAGGAGAUGGACCAGGUGGAAGAGGCCAGAGAGCUGGAAGAAGAGAGUGCAGAUGUUUCAGGUGGAAAAGGAGAGAGUGUGGGCCCUGCACCAGGUGACAGAGGCCAGAGAGGUGGAAGAGGCCAGAUGGGUGGAAGAGGCCAGAGAGGUGGAAGAGGUCAGAGCGGUGGAAGAGGCCAGAGAGGUGGAAGAGGCCAGAGAGGUGGAAGAGGCCAGAGAGGUGGAAGAGGUCAGAGCGGUGGAAGAGGCCAGAGAGGUGGAAGAGAGAGAAUGCAGAUGUUUCAGGUGGAAAACGAGAGAGUGUGGGCCCUGCACCAGGUGACAGAGGCCAGAGAGGUGGAAGAGGCCAGAGGGGUGGAAGAGGCCAGAGAGGUGGAAGAGGUCAGAGCGGUGGAAGAGGUCAGAGCGGUGGAAGAGGCCAGAGAGGUGGAAGAGGUCAGAGCGGUGGAAGAGGCCAGAGAGGUGGAAGAGAGAGAGUGCAGAUGUUUCAGGUGGAAAAGGAGAGAGUGUGGGCCCUGCACCAGGUGACAGAGGCCAGAGAGGUGGAAGAGGCCAGAGGGGUGGAAGAGGCCAGAGAGGUGGAAGAGGUCAGAGCGGUGGAAGAGGCCAGAGAGGUGGAAGAGGUCAGAGCGGUGGAAGAGGCCAGAGAGGUGGAAGAGAGAGAGUGCAGAUGUUUCAGGUGGAAAAGGAGAGAGUGUGGGCCCUGCACCAGGUGACAGAGGCCAGAGAGGUGGAAGAGGCCAGAGGGGUGGAAGAGGCCAGAGAGGUGGAAGAG